GUUCCUCUGUUACUGACUUCUCUCCUUAGAGACAAGGACUCCCUGAGCUCACGGGCAAAUACACAACAGUAGGUUCAAGAGGGCUCUGGCAAAGGAUGGGAAGCCUCAGACGGCCAGGGGAAGAGUGAGAAGGAAGAAAUUUCUGCUAGAGACCAAAAGAGAACACUGACCUGGAGUUAGCUGAAUGUGGAGUCUAUUUCUGCUUAUCCCACAGAGCCUGAGACGCCUUAUUAGGCACUUUAUCUGCUUCCUUCCUUAUGAGACCAGGUAUGCAUCCGAAGACCAUCUUAGCCGAUUCGUCUGGUACUUUUCUGGAAUUGUAGGAGGAGGGCUGUUGAUGUUCCUCCCAGCGGCGGUGUUCAUUGGGCUGGAACAAGAAGACUGCUGUGGCUGCUGCGGCCAUGACAACUGUGGGAAGAGCUGUGCGAUGCUCUCCUCAGUGCUGGCAGCCCUUAUUGGACUAGCUGGGUCCGGAUACUGUAUCAUCGUGGCCGCCCUGGGCUUAGCCGAAGGUCCAAGAUGCCUCGAUCUCACUGGUCAGUGGAAUUACACCUUCGCUGACACCAAUGGAAAUUAUCUGAUGGACCAUUCCUCUUGGGGGAAUUGCCUUCAGCCCAGAAAUGUGGUGCAGUGGAACGUGACUCUGUUCUCCAUCUUGCUGGCUCUCGGGGGAAUUGAAUUCAUCCUGUGUCUCCUUCAAGUCAUCAACGGUGUCCUUGGAGGAAUAUGCGGAUUCUGCUGCUCCCGUCAGCAGCAAUAUGACUGCUGAGAGAAGCGUCCCCAGAUGGAGGGUGAAGGUGCUUGUCAAUGACUGUAAUUUAUAUAUUUUGUAAAACUUUGUAUUAGUGUACUGUAUAUGCUCUAUUUGUGUAAACCUGGAUAGAUGAGAGCAUGUUUUUACUCUGGGCGAGGGGCUGGAACAAUGGAGCUGAUGGAAUUUCUUCCCUGGCCGAGAGGCCCGGCCCUGCCCAUCGUGGGGGGCUCUUCUAUGUGAAACAGAGGUGCCCUUGGGCAGAACGGCGGGAAGGUCGAACCCCGGUGACCGCUUCCCGGAUGAAGAUGGUGUUCCAAAGGACCCAAGCCUGCUUUCUUGACAACGCGAGUGCUGUCUUCUCUGUUGGCAUGAUGUUUCUCAUUCACGUGAUCCUUCUGGCUUCCCCCAGGGAGGACGUGUGGGGUGACCCCAAGUGCUGGGAUAGGUCAGUGCCCUGUUGCUGGCCAGAAUGGGAGUCUCAUUAUCAGCCAGGAUCCCCAUAGUGGAGCAGGGGAAGGAGAGGGGCAUGCAGAGAAUGGCAGCUGGGGCUUCCAUGUAGAGUGCAGGACAGGAAAGGGAAUGAAAGGGUCUUGGAGCAAUUUUCCUUCACUGACACUUAUGCCCCAUCUUCAGGCCCACUCCAGAGACCCUUCACCCACUCCAGAGACCCUCCCCACCCACUGUAUCUGUCCCCCAGCUCUGGGCCCCCCUGGGCCUCCUCCUGCUUGUCCAGUUCUGCUUCUGGGAAUCUUUGGUGGUCCUUCAGCACUGCUCUGACGGCUGAAGAGUCCACAAGGGCUGGGGGACGAGUCCAGUGCUGCGCUAUCUCCAGACUGCCAUCAGCCCUAACUUUGUAAGUUUGGUGAAUUCCACUCUUUCCCCCUCCUGCCUCCUUCUCUUCCUCCUCGGCAGGGCCUGUCUGGGGUCAGCCAGGGGAGGGACUGCCCACUGACAGAUGGAAAACUGGACUCCCUCACCCAUGACGGUCCUGGCUGGCUUCCCUAAUCUAUCUGUCUGGAAAUUCUGGGGUCUUCCAGUCCCCUAAGUGAACAGAGCUGAUACGGUAGGCUGGGGAAGGCAGAACAAAAGGCAGUGGAGAGGGAAACUGAGAGAAACAGAUGAAAAAAAGCUGAGUGGGAAGAAAAAUAAAUGAAGGACAAUCUCAAAUGCAUUUUGUACAAAAUAGAAUAAAUGAAGAAAACCAAAAUCUCCCUAUUAA